AUGUGGUCUAAUGAACGUGAAUUACAAUUUCUGGAGUACUAUCAAAUGGAACCAAUAUUAUGGGAUUCUAAACAUGUAAAACAUAAGGACAAGCAAGGUGUUCACGAUGAUUGGAUGCGAAUAAGCGAGCGAAUGGAAAUUUCUGUAGCAGAGUUAAAAAAGAAAAGAGAUUCGCUAAUGGCCACGUAUAGGAGUCAUAAAAGAAAGAUUCUAGCAUCUAUGCAGUCUGGAGCUGCUGCUGAAUCGGUUUAUAAGCCGAUAUGGUUCGCCUUCGACUUCAUGGACUCAUUCUUAAAUGAUAUUUUUCAAUGUAGAACGACUAUGAACACGGAUACUCAGAAUCCACCUACGCCUGAGAGUGGAAUUGCCAAUGAUGAUUCAGGUGAAAAUGAUCAUCAAUCAGAACCUACAACAUUAUCUCCAUUGCCAACUGUACCGCGGCGCCGA